AUGAUGCGCUCCAGCACCACCUCCGCUACCUUCGCCCGACAACACCGCUACCCUGCGCACCAGCCCUCCCCUUCCGGUUCGCCUCCUUCUCAAUCCUCCUCACCUGGCGGGUCCGCCUUGGGCACGCCUUCGCGCUUUUACCAAGCAUCAGCACUUCCGCCCUCGGGGGAUGCAAGUGAAACCCAACUUCCGCUGGAGCAUCAGGCGCACUCGUCCCUCAACGGUCCAUCAUUUGCGCCGACCUUCCUCCAGAUGCAGCCCCGCCGCCCCACGUGGCUCCCCGCGGACCAGCAGGACGAGCUGCUUGAUGACGACGCCCUGGCGGAGGCCCCCGUGCGCGGAACUGCGCGCGCCAUUGCACGCGGUGCCAGCUGGACAGGCUCCGCGCCUGCCCACGCGGCCUUCGGCGGGCGGCGUAACGCUGUGACAGGCGACGGGGGGCUGGGAGGAGAGCCGCUGAGCAGCGAGUUGGUGUGUCCGAUCCCCGCCGUCAACUGGAAGGAGGAAGCGGCGAUGUCGUCUGCGGUGUGCCCCAUCGCGCCACAGGACUGGCGCGCGCUCUCCCGCACCAGCAGCGCCAGCGCCAGCGAGCACGACGUGGCCGCGUCAUCGGUCCUCAGCACCGCCGCGGGUCUCGCCGGGUCUUGCGGCGGCUCACCGCCGGGGUCGCUAUCGUCGGCGGGUAGCUCGCCGUUGCACAGGAGUCCGUUGAACAGCGGCCCCCUGCAGAGCACGUCGUCAUGCCCGCUGCCAGCCGACGUGCUUUACGGCGCCGGGGCCGGCGGCGUGGGAUCCGGGCCUGCCUGUUCGGGGUUUAGCGCAAUUGGUGCUACAACCGCGUAUGCUAGUACCGGAAUGAUAGGAAAGGAGUCGACCGCUGUUGCGAGUGGCGCGAGCGGAAUCUUACCCUCGGCGGUUCCUCUUCAUGCAUCGCUGAGGGAGCAACUGCUGCGCGCUAAUAGCGGGUCCUGUGCCUACCAAGGUCCCGCAGCCGCGCGACCCGCCAUCAGUCGCAUGGCGAUGUCUUGCUCUAACAGUCGCCAGUCGAGUGGUAACUUCGCUGGCUACUCGCGAAGUUCUAACUGCAGCCCUGCUCGCGAUUCUACGCACGGCAGUGAAGACACGGGAUCAAACGGCGGCGUCAACUGGCAAGAGCUCGACGACCUGUGCCAGAGCAUGGACGCAGCAGGGAUUAAGAUAGAGCAGAUUGACCUCACACCCCUGGAAGACGCAUCAGAUGAUGCCCAUGGCCUUUCCUCUGCUGCUGCUGCUCCUUCCUCUGGUUACUCCGGGAGGAACUUGAAAGCCUCUGCUGCUCCUGAAGCUGGGGAAGGUGCUGCUCCUGUGAAGUAUGCUGUCAAGUUUGGUGGCAUGUCCAUGUGGCACUCACCUUCUCAUUAA